AUGGCGUCUUCCAACGGGGACGCGCCCUCAAAGGCUCCUAUGCCUCUCGCCAUUGUCGGCAUGUCUUGCCGCCUAUCAGGUGGUGUGUCGACGCUUGACGACUUUUGGACCAUGUUAUCGCGUUCUCGUGACGGCUGGAGGCCGAUUCCUGAAGAACGAUACUCAGCCAAGGCAUAUUAUCACCCCGAUCCGCACAAAAAGGGCUGCUUCAACCAAAAAGGCGGAUACUUCAUGACAGGCGAUAUGUCAACGUUUGACGCACCAUUUUUUAACAUCACAAGGCAGGAAGCUGAAGCAAUGGAUCCACAACAGAGACACCUCUUGGAGUGCACGUAUGAAGCUCUAGAGAAUGCCGGUAUUCCCAAGCACGACAUUGCCGGCAGCAAUAUGGGCGUUUUCAUCGGCGGCACCGCCUCGAAUUAUCAUCUCGGUACCUUGAAAGAGGUAGAUCAGAUUCCAAUGUAUGAUGCCACGGGUAACCACCAGUCCAUCCAGGCUGGGCGCAUCUCAUACUACUUCAACUUGCACGGCCCUUCCUUUACAGCAGACACGGCCUGCUCAUCCGGUUUAUACGCAUUGCAUUUGGCAGUUCAGAGCAUUCGUUCGGGAGACUCAGACUCUGCCAUCGUCGCAGCGUCUAGCUUGCAUCUUCAGCCUCAUUAUAUGAUUUCCAUGUCCGGAUUAGGCCUUUUCAAUGAACACGGAAAGACAUUUGCUUUCGACCACAGGGCAAACUCAGGUUUCGCUCGAGGCGAAGGCACAGGCUGCCUCAUUCUCAAACCACUUCACAAAGCGCUGGCCGACAACGACAAGAUAUACUCGGUCAUUGUCAACACUGGUGUCAACCAAGAUGGCAAAACCUCAGGAUUGACGUAUCCGAGCGGCGAUGCGCAAGAACAGCUGAUGCGCGAUGUUUACGCCAGAGCUGGUAUUUCACCACAAGAUACUGGAUACGUCGAAGCCCAUGGAACGGGUACGCGGGCUGGUGAUCCUAUAGAGGCCAAUUCCGUCCAUCGUGUCUUUGGAGACGGGCGUACAAAGCGUGCUCCAUUAUACAUGGGCUCCGUGAAGUCAAACGUCGGCCAUUUAGAAAACGCAAGCGGGAUAAUUUCCAUAAUCAAAGCGUCAAUGAUGCUAGACAGGGGUUUUGUUCUUCCCAACGUCAACUUCGAAAAGGCAAACGAAGCGAUCCCCCUUGAUGAGUGGAACAUCAAAGUUCCAACCAGUAUCCGACCGUGGCCAAGGAACAAGCGUUUCAUCAGCGUGAACAGCUUUGGAUUUGGAGGCUCUAAUGCACACGCCGUGCUUGAGAGAGUUCCAACGGCCCUUGCGGAUCUUCCUCAAGACAAUCAGAAUACCACUCCAAGGUUAUUUGUAUUAUCCGCUCAUGACGAAAGUGCCGCCAAGAGAAAGGCUGAAAAUCUCGGCAUCUACAUCGAGCAACACCCCGAAGUCUUCCAGAAGCGACUCGUCAACGACAUGGCAUAUACACUUGGAGAAAGGAGGACGCAUCUGCAGUGGCGCAUCGCGAUUGCAGCGUCUUCGUGUAGUGAGCUUGCAAAUGCUCUCAACAGCAUCAGCGCCACUCCUGGAGUAGUGGCCUCCAAAGAGCCAAAAGUGGCAUUUGUAUAUACCGGCCAGGGAGCUCAGUGGGCGGAGAUGGGCAAAGAGCUCAUGGAAAGCCAUCCAAUUUUUGCCAGAGCCGUCGAGACUUGCAGCAACCAUCUGCAAUCAAUUGGUGCCGAGUUCUCUCUGCUGGAAGAGCUCGCCAAGAGCAGCAAAGAGACGCUGGUCAACGAAGCACACAUUUCGCAACCUGCAUGCACGGCUAUACAGAUUGGCCUCACAAAGCUUUUGAACGCCUGGGGAGUUUCACCCUCGGCAGUCGUCGGCCACUCCAGUGGUGAAAUUGGUGCUGCCUUUGCUGCUGGUGCCAUCACCCUUGAGGACGCCAUGUCUGUGGCCUAUUGGCGCGGUAAGGUUUCCUCGGAAAUGAAAGUCAAGCAUCCCGAUCUUCGAGGUGCCAUGCUUGCUGUCGGAGCCAAAGCCGAAGACAUUAGAGUCAUUAUUAAGACUCUGGGGCUUAAAAGGGUCGGUGUAGCCUGCGAAAACUCUCCAAAUUCGAUUACUGCUUCAGGAGACGAAGAAGAUGUCGACAGAUUGGCUGCUGAACUAGAGAGUCGAAGCAUCUUCAACCGCAAACUGCGAGUGGCGAUGGCAUACCACUCUGCUCAUAUGCAACUAGUUGCUGAUGACUACAAGGCUGCCAUUAAAUACGUGACAUCCAAGUCCUCUUCGAAUGCCGAGUUUUAUUCAUCAUUAUUCGGGAACAAGAUUGGCUCGACAUCAUUACUCGAUCCAUCAUAUUGGGUCGAGAACUUGACAAAACCCGUCCUCUUCUCUUCGGCUUUCAAAGAGCUUUAUCUUGGCACAGAGCCGGAUAUCGUCAUUGAGAUUGGCCCGCACUCGGCCCUUGAGGGUCCAAUCAAGCAGAUCCUGAAAACUAUCAGCCCUCAGGUUGCUUUGGGGGUCAAAUAUUUGCCUUCUCUCGUUCGUAAACAGCACGCUACCUCAUCCAUCUUGAAUUGCGCGGGUAGCUUAUUUGUCAAGGGGCACCCCAUCAACUUGCGUGAAAUCAAUCGCCCCAAUAAAGGCGUCCGAGCCCCUACUCUUGUCGCAGACUUUCAUCCGUAUGGCUGGUCAGAGCACAAGUACUGGUUUGAGCCUCGGUCAGCUAAGCAGAUGCGCCAGAAGCCAUUUGGUCGCCAUGAUCUCCUAGGCCUCUUGGAGGACUCAUAUAGCGAUGUUGAGCCUAGGUGGAAAAAUGUCAUCUCCACAGACGAUGUGCCUUGGGUCAAGGAUCAUCGCAUGCAGUCUCUAGCCACGUUUCCUUUGGCGGGCUAUAUCUGCAUGGCUGUAGAAGCUGCAUCACAGCGAGCACAGCUGCGAGGUAUUCCAACUGCGCAAAUCGAAAGCUUCCGUCUCCGAGAGGUUCAAGUGUCGAAAGCUCUCAUAUUAGACGACGGCGUUCCAUAUGAGACGGUGUUUUCUCUGAAGCCUUAUGCCGAGGGUACCAGAUCCUACUCCAGUGAGUGGGAUGAGUUUCAAAUUUUGUCGUGGAACUCAGCCAGAGGCUGGCUGGAGCAUUGCAGAGGGUUGGUUGGCAUCAAAAAGAUGGCCCCAGCCAAUCCAGUCAACAGUGCUUUGCUCCAAGCCGCCUCUACUCGCCGCCAGCACAUCAAGGUAAUGGACCGCCAUCGAGUUUCCAUUGAUGAUUUCUACUCCGAACUGGAGGCACGAGGAGCCGGAUACAGCGGAGUCUUUAAAAUUUCACCAGAUGCUGACUUGAGGCUCGGUGAGAAAUAUACCACUGCCUCUUUAACAAUUCCUGACACCGCAGCUACCAUGCCGCUAUCUUAUGAAACAGCAUCUAUUGCGCCAUCGGCAUUCAUCGAUCUAUUCUUUCAGCUCACAUUUCCGAUACUUGGUGCUGGCAGUGGCAAGAUGCCUUCCCUUUUCAUGCCCUCCGCCGUUAAAGAGAUCGAUAUAAGCAGCGCGUUGCCAAACAAACCAGGCGAUCGGGUGCAAGUCGUUGUUAACGGAUACCUAGAUUUUGAAGCCCCCGGACCCGUUGACUUUUUCAUUGAUUCCUGGCAUCAAGAUUCUACUACGCCCGUUGUAAAAAUGAGUGGAUUUAGGGUGACGCCAGUAAAUGGCGAUAUCGUUGAGAGUAUAAGUCCGCGAUCUAUCUGUUACAAGGUGGAAUGGGAACCACUUGACAAGAGAGACAAGAAGCCGACUAAGGAAGACAUAAAGAACGGCGCUACCAAAAACGGCCAUAAGAGCAAGAACUCUGACAGCGCGAAUGAUGGCUUCAAUGAUGUUGAUUUCAUCGUAAUCUCCCACCACAAUGAAAACCAUCAGCUGGAAAGGGCUCUCUUGGAUCUGCUAGCAUUGCGCACUGCAAAGACUCCACGCCUAGUUGCCUUGUCCGAUGUCGUUCCUGAGCCGACCGCUUGUUAUAUCUGCCUGUCUGAAAUAGACAAGCCAAUAUUUGCCAACAUGGGCGCUAAAAUCUUUGACAAGUUGCAGAAUCUGUUCACCGUCUGUCAUUCCAUGCUUUGGGUGACGUCUGGGGCAUAUCGAUUUGCAGAGAGCCCAGAGAACAAUAUUGCGCAAGGUUUCUUGCGCACAGUUCGUUCCGAGGCAAACAAAGCCGUGGCGUCUCUGGAUCUAGAUCCCCAUUCUAAACUCGAUGCCCGUGAUACAGCCGAGCUGAUUCUUCGUGCAAUCAAAGUCUCAGUUUCAACAGCCGAGGAUGAUGCUCCCAUAAACUAUGAGUUUGCGGAAGAAGGAGGCAAACUGAUGGUGCCCCGCAUUGUCAAGCAAGACGACAUGAAUCUUGCAAUUUUCCAUGAUACAGAGACUUCAAAUUCCCCACCUUAUUUACAGCCAUUUGAUCAGGCUGGACGGCGUCUCACUGUGGCUGUCGGUACCUACGGUGCUCUAGACUCUCUGUACUGGAAAGACGAGCGUGAAAUGGCUUUGGGUCCUGAGGAGGUCGAGAUCAAGGUGGCGUGCACAGGAAUGAACUUUAAAGAUGUUGUCAUUGCCAUGGGUCAAGUAUCCAGCCCGUAUCUCGGCGUCGAAUGCAGUGGCACCAUAUCUCGCAUCGGUUCUCGUGUAAAUUCUCUGAGAGUCGGCGACCGAGUCUGUGCCAUGUCUCUGGGGGCAUAUGGCACAUACUCUCGAUGUCUCGCCUCUAGCGCGGCUGUUAUUCCCAGUGACAUGAGCUUUGUGGUGGCGGCGUCAAUCCCCGUGGUAUACUGCACCGCAUAUUACGGCAUCGUGGAUCUCGCCAGGCUAGAAUAUGGCGAGAAGAUACUGAUUCACGCUGCAUCUGGCGGCGUCGGCCAAGCAGCUAUCCAGCUAGCCCAGAUGGUAGGGGCUGAUAUUUAUGCCACUGUUGGCAGUGCAGACAAAAAGCAAUUCAUCAUGGAUAAAUAUGGCAUCCCAGAGAGCCGCAUCUUCUACAGUCGAGAUACUGCAUUCGGGCCAGCCCUUCGAGAGGCUACAGGCGGCUGCGGAGUCGAUGUCGUGCUCAACUCGCUUGCAGGCGACCUUCUUCGCGAAACGUGGAACUGCCUUGCACCUUUUGGGCGCUUCAUUGAGCUGGGAAAGCGAGACAUCACGAACAACACAAGACUUGAGAUGGCUAAGCUCGAGUAUAACUGUACCUUCAGCUCGGUUGAUUUGACUCUUGUUGCUGCACAGCGGCCCAAGAUCUUGGAACGUGCUUUUGCGUCAGUCAUGCGACUCCUCGAGAGCAAGACAAUCAGGCCCAUUGAGCCCAUCACUUCCGUCAGCAUUCAAGAUGUCGAAGGAGCACUUCGUAAACUGCAAAGUGGCAAGACGGUGGGAAAGCUCGUGGUGACACAUGGUGGCUACUGCCAAGUCAGGGCUACACAUCCCCCGCCUCGCUCGGACAUGCUGGAGCGCGAUGCGACGUACAUAAUUAUUGGUGGAACUGGAGGCUUGGGGCGCUCCAUCACGCGACGAAUGGUCCGCCGGGGUGCUCGACACAUUGUUUUGCUCUCUCGAGGUGGUAAGAUGACAAAUGAUGUGAAUAAGCUGAUGAAGGAGAGUCGAAAGUUGGGUGCCUCGAUAUACGUGGUGCCUUGCGAUGUUGCCAAUGAGAAGAAUGUUUUGGAGCUGGUGGAGCAAUUGGAGGAUGAUCUUCCGCCCAUUAGGGGCAUUAUUCAUGCCGCCAUGGUUCUAAGAGACGUCCUUUUUGAGAAGAUGACUUUUGAAGAUUAUGAAGCUGUUGUCCAAAGUAAAAUAUCAGGAGCGUGGAACUUCCACAAGGCCCUCAUGAAAACUCGGCUCCAGUUCUUCAUUGUCCUCUCUUCCGUUGCUGGUAUAGUGGGCAACCGAGGCCAAGCACAUUAUUCUGCGGCAAACACGUAUCUGGAUGCUCUCGUCCAAUAUCGGCGCCGCCAUGGCCUGACAGCCGCAUCUAUAGAUCUUGCUGCUGUAGAAGGCGUUGGUUAUUUGGCUGAGAAUGGAGCCAAGAUGUCACAAGUAAUGAGGAACUUGUCGGACAACACCCUGGGCGAGGCAGAAGUUCUGGCAUUGAUUGAAUCUGCAAUGACAGGAAAAGUCGACGCUUUCUGUCAAGGCCAAGUCAUCACCGGGCUAGGCUUUGAUAAUGCGUCGUCGAUGCCAUUCUAUGCAUCGGAUGCCAAAUUCUCUCAUCUGCGUGAGGCCUUGCUCGCCGCAUCAGCCGGUGCCGAAGUUUCUUCGGGAUCCGAGAGCUUGUCCAUUUCUCAGCAGCUCCGCAGAUGCAAGGCUGUGGAGGAGGCACAGGAUAUCGUGACGCUUGGCCUUCGCGACAAGCUCGGCGCCAUUCUGAUGCUGUCGGAAGAGGUGAUGGCGGCACGACAAGGAAACACGUCCAUCACUGCCUUUGGGCUGGAUUCUCUCAAUGCGAUUGAGCUUCGGAAUUGGAUUGGAAAAGAGCUUCAGGCUCACUUGCAGGUUUUGGAGCUGCUGACUAGUGGGCGAGUUGCGGAUUUGGCUGGUUUGGUGCUGCGAAAGUCGAGAAUCGAAGGAGUUUGGACCAAGAAGUAA